CCUUGGCUUGACGUGUGAUAGGAUAGGUCUACCUACGAUGUACAGUACUACACUACUAUUAGCCUGCCACAUGCGCCAGUGUUGUUGCCGCCGCCCCGGUGCGCUAUCGUUGGAAGGUUGGCGUUGGCUUCUCCUUCCGCCUCUCUUUCGGAUUUCGGAUUUCGCUUCAUUACUCGCAUUCUCUCAUCCCUCACCUUCCUCCUCCUCCUCAUCCUCCUCAUCCUCCUCCGCACUCUCCCCGAUUGCUUGCAUUGCACAUCCGAGAGUUUAUCAUUGCCCGCUUGCUGAGUUCGGCUGUCAUCAUCAUCAUCAACGACCACUACUGCUAUCAUUAACACCAACAACAUCUCAUUCUCCGCCAGCCAUUCAUUUCAUCGCAUUGACAUUGCAUUAUCCCCAAACAGCCAGCAACAAUAUCUUGCUACAUUUCUCUUUAUCCGUGUCUCCCAACCCCUGUGGUACCUACCUAGCUUCCCGCCCGCCACGCGCACGUACGCACGCAUCCAAUUAAUAUUUCCUACGCCAUCCCUCCUCUCGCCGUCCUACGCUCCCAAUUCAUUACCAUAAACCUAUCUACGUAUAC